AUGCACAAGCCCCCUUCCCAUCCCAAAGGCCCAGCUGACCUGCCUUCGGUUCUCCCGCCGCCCCUUGCUCCAGGCUCCUCCAGCACUUCACUGGGCAGUGGAUGGCAGCUCCCUGCCUUUAAAAACCACGUACACGCCUAUCAGAAUUCAGCCUGUAAAUACUGCAUGCUACCAUCAGGAGUUGUUGAGUGUGUGUCCUACGCCCUGGGCUGGCCGGAGGAACUGAGGCGGCUCCAGGGGCCAGGGAUAUCCGGGUUCUGUCCCUGCAAUUGCCGGUCAGUCGGCCAUGGCAAGAGCUUUGUUACUAUUCUUUUGUAG